AUGAGUGACAAGGGUCUUCUUGAGCAGCUGAACCGCACAACGGAAACAUUGUCGCAUUCUCUGACGAAUUUGAUCAGAUAUGCGUCGAUCUCCACAGAGAAAGAUGACGAAGAACAUGGAGCACAGGAGCUUCCCGAAUCCACGUCAAAGACUUCUACUGGUGGUCUUAUGAUGGUGAGUGGACAGACCGCGCAAUUGAUACGCGGGAUUCAGGAUCUUAUGGUGAUGACGCGCAAUAUACGCGAGAAAUGGGUCUUGACACAGAUUCCAGACGAAAAGGCGGAUUCACAACAGGAAUUGGAAAUGGCCAAGUGCGCUGACCUUUUGGAAGAAUGGUCAAAAGCUGUCUUGGGGAAAAUAUGA